AUGGAAGAAACAGACAGAGAAAUUUCUAAUUUUAAUGAAAUACCUUCAUCGAAUGUAAAGGACAUAGCAUAUGAAUCUUCCGACAAUAAUCCGGCACCUACAGAAAAUUCGAAAGGCCUGCCCACAGUUAGGAAGGAUGCAGAUCUCAAUGAAAGACAGAGAACCUUUGAUGAAUCGAAAACAAAAUGGCUCGAAGAAGCGAAGAAUUUUUCCGAUUCCGAAUCAUGUUUCUGGUCUGAAGUCCAAUACGUAAAUCAAUGCGAGGAGAUGAAUAAUUGCUUAGACAAUUUACUUUCGAACGGAAUGACAACCGUUUAUGUUUCCGUAUCGAAACUUUUCAAAUCAUUUAGAAGUGUUUUCGCAGGCAACCAGAAGCUGAAAAACAAAGUAUUUGAACUCGUAUCUGAAACUCGCUCAAUACAAAAACGGAACGAACAUUUGGAAGAAAGAAUCUCGGAGAAGGAAGAGAGAAUACAAAACUUAGAACGGCUAGUGGAUUCAGAUAUAAACAGAAUACAAAUGAUCGAGAGAACAAAAUUCGAACUGGAAUCUCAGCUGGAAGACUCGCAAAGGAAAUGCAAGGAAAUUGAAGAAAAGUCACAGGCAAAGAAGGAAGAUCCACGCAAGGAGCGAGAAAUUCUUUUCGAAAAGUACAGCGGCGCAUUAAAAGAAAUUGAUAUUCUGAAUUUGAAACUCACCGCUUCGAGGAUCGAGUCAGAGAGACUUGAAGCAGAGAGAGAACGCUCUCAGACCGCUCAGAAUGAGCUUCAGGACGAGAUCCGGUCGUUGCGGACUAAAGUGGAGACGCUCUCACGGCAGAGGGACGAGGCGCACAUCGGGUUCCUAUCGAGGAAUAAAGAAGCGCAGAGACAACUGGAUCUCACAGAGUCGCUGAAAAGAGAAAUUCAGAGUCUGAAAGUGGAAUUGGAUGCUACUAGAAAUAAAUCCAAAAUCUUGAUGAAUGAUCUAAAGUCAUGUGAAAAUAAGCUCAGGGAAGCGACGCGCCAUUGCAAUUUAUUAAACAAAAAUUUGGCUGCUCGGCAGUUUCAUUUGACUGUGCUCAAGACUCAGAAAGAGAAGUUGGAAGAAGCCGUCAAAGAGAAAAAAGACGAAGCUGAAAGUCUGAAAACGAGCAGUAAGAUCACGAGCAAGCUGAUGAGCUAUUGUCAGCCUAUGUCACCGUGCUCUUAA